CCGGAUCUCUACUUCCGUCGGUGCCGAGUUGCCUGCCAUAAUUUCUUUUCUUUAUCUUUCAUUAUUUCCUAGGGAAGGGUGUAAAGUUUGGGAAUUCUAGCUAUCAAGAUGGCGGACGAAGACUGGGGAAUGGACGAGCCCGCAGCUGGGGUUGACACUAUUCCUGUAGCUGCGGCCCCCGAGCUGCCGGAGAUCAAGCUGUUCGGUCGCUGGAGCUGUGAUGAUGUCCAAGUGUCCGACAUGUCUCUGCAGGACUACAUAGCCGUGAAGGAGAAGAAUGCCAAAUAUCUUCCCCACUCGGCCGGCCGGUAUGCAGCCAAGAGGUUUCGCAAGGCACAGUGUCCCAUCGUAGAGCGUCUCACCAACUCUCUUAUGAUGCAUGGUCGCAACAACGCCAAGAAACUGAUGGCUGUGAGGAUAGUCAAACACGCCUUUGAGAUCAUCCACUUGCUCACUGGAGAGAACCCACUGCAAGUUUUGGUGACCGCCAUCAUCAACUCAGGGCCGAGGGAAGACUCAACACGUAUCGGAAGAGCUGGUACUGUGAGACGACAGGCUGUUGAUGUCUCCCCCCUCCGUAGGGUCAACCAGGCUAUCUGGCUGUUGUGCACAGGCGCUCGUGAAGCUGCCUUCAGAAACAUCAAGACCAUCGCUGAGUGUGUGGCUGAUGAACUCAUCAAUGCUGCCAAGGGCUCUUCAAACUCUUACGCCAUCAAAAAGAAGGACGAACUGGAGCGAGUUGCCAAGUCCAACCGUUAAGUAAUUGUUUUAUACAAUAAAAGUUUUAAAAGUUCCAAAA